AUGACUAUUAAACUCAUUGGACUCAAAAGAUCAACUGCUACUCUCUCAGUUAUCGUAUGCCUCAAUGAAUUAGGUCUUCCUUACCAACUCGAAGUUCCAGCUAAUUUUUCUGUUGAUAUAAAAUCAGAGGACUUUCUUGCUAAUAAACAUCCUUUCGGAAAAGUUCCUGUUCUUAUUGAUGGAGAUUUUACAAUUAAUGAAUCUCGUGCAAUUUGUCGCUACCUAACAUCUAAAUAUCAAGGCAAACAUACUAAUAAAAUCUUGAUCCCUAACGAUGUUCAUCAGGCCGGAUUAGUCGAGCAGGCUAUUUCUUAUGAAUCUUUUUACUAUGAUCCGCCCGUCUCAAAAAUUGUAUAUCAAGAAGUAAUCUAUAAAUUUCAUGGUAAAGAGUCGAACCCUGAAAUUGUUAAGCAAGCUUGUGAAGAUCUUUCUAAGGUUUUAGAUGUUUAUGAGAAACUUUUAGAAGGGAAAGAAUAUUUAAGUGGUGAAUAUUCUUUGGCUGAUCUCUUUCACUAUCCUUUUACUUAUUACGCCUACACUUAUGCCAAACGUUCGGAUUUAUGGGAUACAAGGCCUAAUGUUAAAAAAUGGUGGGAGAGAUUAUGUAAUAGGGACGCCUGGAAAAAAUCUUUAGUAGAUAUUAAAAGUUAA